UCAGACCAUCACCCCCCUUUUAUAGGUCCCACCACAGCCUCUCUCAAACCCAAACCCAAACCCACAUUGAAAACCAACCCUUCUUCUCUCUUUCACAUUCUCCUCCUCCGGGCUCCUCCUCCACCCCUUUUGCCUUCUCGUAGGUGGUGCACCACCUCCUAAAUCCCCCACCACCACCACCAUCACUUCUUCUCAUGGACAAGGCCACUGAGAGAGAAACCCAUGAUUUCAUGAACGUUGAAUCUUUCUCACAACUUCCCUUCAUUCGUCCUGCACCUGUUAAAGAGAAAGGUAUUCGCCUGUUUGGUAAAGAAUUUGGAGGUCACCAUGACCCAGAAGAGCAGUCAGAGUCCGUGGAGACUAACAUGUCUGAGGAUGUCAAGGACAGUGAAAAUGGCGAAAGUGGUAGAAGAUUUGAAUGCCAUUACUGCUGCAGAAACUUCCCUACUUCUCAAGCGUUGGGAGGUCACCAGAACGCCCACAAGAGAGAGCGCCAACACGCCAAACGUGCCCAUCUUCAGUCUGCCAUGGUCCAUAGUGGCCUCUCAGAUGCACACAUGUACGGCCUGGUCAAUUACAGGCUCGGCUCCGCCCCCACGCCGCCCAUCACCUACCCGUCAUGGGGUAGCCAAGCCAUUUCUAGUAACGGCAGGUUUUAUGGAAGUCAUGGAUCCUUCUCGCAGCCACCAAUUAACGGAAACCCUUUGGCCUUAUGGCGAAUCCCGGCCUCCGUACAAACUACUCCCACUUUCAGUCGCGACCGUUCAUCACACCAUCCACUGCCAUUAUUCGCCGGUGAUGACUUGAAGCCCUCGUCGCAUGUCGGUGGCUCUACCUCCCAAAGCAGAUACGUCUACGAAUCAACAAAGCCCGGCGUGCAAGACCAUGUGAGUUUGGAUCUCCAUCUGUAAUAAUCUGAAACAUUCCAUUUUAGAAGAAGAAAAAAAAAACUGAGAUUUUCUCAUGCAAGCCAUCUUUUGUUAUGCUAAUAUGAGGUUAUUCUAAGGACGCCCAUUACUGUUUCUCACUCAAACCUGGCCAUUUUUAAUAUUGUAAAUGAAAUGAUUCCACUAUGAACGUGCUUGAAUCUGAAGAAAUAUGGUGUAAUUUAAUUCUACAACAUGAAUCCAGAUUCAUAGAUUAAGCCUAUUUGCACCUCAA